AAGCACAACACAAACAAAUGGAAUGUUAGGUUAUGUAAUAUAAAACUCCAUUUAUUUUUAUUGAACACAAUUCAGAAAAUAGCGAUUUUGAAAUACAAUAACAUGGUUAUUCCUGAGGUUGAGGAGAUUCUAAUAAAGUACAAGCCGCAAGAAGAGAAAAUCAAUGAAAUUUUACAGAUAAAGAACUCUGCUAAGCAUGGUCUGUUUAUGUCCAGUGUUGAGCUGGUACAGCGACCUAAGCUGUCUCCCGAGGAGGCCAGGGAUCGCAAUAGACAAAUAAUGAAGGAAAUAGAAUUUGUCAAAGGAAACCUCAGAUCCAAAUCAAUUUUCAGUCCUUCAGAGCUACAAUGGGAAAAAGUAUGUGACAAUUACCAAAAGAAUCCAUCAUUGCCCGUAACCACUUGGCACUGCCGUAGGCCAGUAUUUGUUUAAAUAAUUGUUAUUAAUAAAAGUGAGACAUAUCAAAAA